AUGGCCCGGAUCCCUAAUUCGCCCCUUCACCAAACUCCAUUAACGUGCUUCGAAUCGCUUCUCGCCAACAGCACCAUUGCCAAGUUCAAGCGUUGGUGCUCCACAUUUCCCCGACCAACAUUUCUUGUUUUGCACUGGGUCUACUUUAUCGUUACAUGCUUUAUAUCCUCACUUCUAUUCUGGUGUAUCAACUCCACUGACAUCUCUUAUGUGAAUUCAAUCUUCAUGGUGGUAGCCGCCAUGACCCAGGCUGGCCUGAACACUGUCAACCUAGCUGCCCUCAACUUAUUUCAACAGGUUCUACUUUUAGUGCUCAUGGUAGCCGGAAAUCAUAUACUUGUUAGCAUCAUAGUCAUACAUGUGCGUAGGCGAGCUUUUGAGGUUAGGUUCAAGGAAGAGGAGGAAGAAGAUAUACAGCGCUCACAAUUUGCUCUUAAAGUAUCCACGCCUUCCUCUGUCUUCAGCCAUGAAAUUCAAAAUACCCCUUCUCACUCGAGCAUCGCCGCCCAGAGCUCUAUCUCUACAGACAUGACCAUAUAUAAUCGACAGCAAUACAAGCCGACGCACAUUGAUCGAAACUCUCAGUUCCACAGCCUAUCAAUCGAGGAGCGAAAACGGGUUCGAUGUGUCGAAUAUCAGGCCGUAAAACUCCUUGGAUAUAUAGUUCCGGCCUACUACAUCAUCUGGCAGGUUAUCGGGUGUCUAGCUUUGGGGCUCUAUAUUAGUGCAAAUAAACCCUCAAUUGCCACAGAUAUACACACUCAUCCAUGGUGGGUUGCUAUAUAUCUUGGAGUGGCUGCAUUCAAUAAUGCCGGCAUGUCUCUAUUAGAUGGCAGCGUGGCUCCUCUACAAAACUCUACAUUUCCCCUGGUAGUUCUCUCUUUUCUUAUGAUGGCUGGUAACACUGCUUAUCCAAUCUUUCUUCGGUGGCUAUUGAGGCUAGCACUCAGAAUCAUUCCCGACAACGAGAAAUUCAGCGAUUGGACAGAAACGCUUCGAUUUAUUCUAAGAUUUCCACGCCGUGUCUACACAAAUUUAUUUCCUUCGGAGCAAACUUGGUGGCUGCUCGCUCUACUAAUUUUCUUUAACGCUUUCGACUGGACAGCAUUCGAGAUUCUCAAUCACUAUAGUGUUGCCUUGCGCUCAAUUCCUAUGGGGCCAUUAGUGUUGGAUGGCCUCUUUCAAACCAUUGCAAUAAGGUCCAGUGGAUUCACAGUAAUACCAAUAGCGUCCUUAUUCGUCGGUCUCCAAUCCUUGUAUGUUCUCAUGAUGUACAUUUCGGCUUUCCCAGUUACCAUCACCAUGCGUAGUUCAAACGUGUACGAAGAAAGAUCUCUCGGAAUUUAUACGAGAGAUGUUCCAAAAACUAGUGAUCCCGAAAAGUCCGAAGAUUGUCAAGCUUUCAAGGCUUUUCCAACCCGUCACUUGGACCGAUUUUACUUUGUUCAGGAGCAAAUUCGUAGACAACUCGGUCACGACCUGUGGUUCCUGGUCAUUGGAAUGAUGAUAAUAACAUGCUUCGAAUCCACUAACUAUGAGCGUGACCCGCUCACAUUCGCUCUAUUUAACAUAAUUUUUGAAAUUAUCUCGGCAUAUGGUGGUGUUGGCUUCAGUGUAGGUCUGCCAGAUCAAGCCUACUCUUUUUGCGGUGCCUGGCAUCCAUUCUCUCGAUUGAUUCUUUGUGCCAUGAUGAUGCGUGGACGACAUCGUGGCCUACCUUUUGAUAUUGACAAAGCUAUCCAGCUCCCCGGUGAGAAGUCGGAGAUCGCUGAGGAACAGGAUCAUAAUAUCAGAAUUGUGUCAUGGAUGACAGAUCGGAUUGAAUACUCGGAAAAUGUCAAGACAGAACGCUUCUCAAACAUAGGACCCACCCCCCCGAUCAACGCCCGCCUCAAGAUGUGA